UCAGUCAGUUUCAUAUAAAAGUUAAAAUCCUUUUCAUCAGACACAUUCUGAACCGGAUCCAGCAGCCUGUCACAUUAAGAUGCCUGGUGCUAGCUCCAUUAGCAGCAGGCUAACGUAGUUUCGCGAGCCGCCGCCGCGUGACAGCGGAUGAGAACAAAGAGAAGUUGAUGAAUUACAAUGAUCCAGUGUGAUUAUGAGGCGGCACGAACACGACGACCCGUUCGUGUGAACACGGAAGCUGCCGCGGCGCGUGCUUUUAUUUUGACAGCAGUGAGCGGAAGUGACGGUCUGGUCGCGGCGGGCUUGACGCGGUCCGUCGGUGACCGUCGGUUGUUGUUCAGAUCAAGAUGGCUGCUGUUGUCCGGGGUGAUGCGGACUGAGCUCGAGCCGCCAUCCGAACACUGACUCGCCGAACCGCCGGAGCCGAGUCCCGACCGGAGCCGAACCGAACCCGAGCCGAGUCCCGACCGGAGCCGAACCGAACCCGAGCCGAGGCCCGACCGGAGCCGAGUCCCGACCGGAGCCGAACCGAACCCGAGCGUCUAUCGAAGGGGGCGUAGUGACUGACUGCAGACAUGGACACCACCACGUCCAUCAAGAUGACCACUCUGGCGAUCCAGAACCUGUUCAGCUACGUGGAGGAGGAGAACCUGGCGGCGCUGAAGUCUCAUCUGGACCGCUUCAGGGAGGUGGACGGACGCAGCGACAACGGGCAGACCCCCCUCAUGCUGGCGGCGGAGCAGGGCAGUCUGGAGAUCGUACAGGAGCUCGUCAGGAGAGGAGCCAACGUCAACCUGGACGAUGUGGACUGCUGGUCGGCUCUGAUCUGUGCAGCGAGAGAAGGUCACAUGGAGGUCGUGAAGGAGCUGCUGGAGAACAGUGCCUACAUUGAACACAGAGACAUGGGAGGAUGGACGGCUCUGAUGUGGGCCGCCUAUAAAGGUCGCUGGGAGGUCACCAAGCUCCUGCUGGAGCACGGAGGAAACCCCAACACUACAGGACAGCAGUACAGUGUUUAUCCGAUCAUCUGGGCCGCAGGUCGAGGUCAUGCUGACAUCGUGAAGCUGCUGCUGCUAAACGGAGCCAAAGUCAACUGUUCUGACAAGUACGGGACCACCCCUCUGAUCUGGGCGUCCAGGAAAGGACACUUCGACUGUGUGAUGCACCUGCUGGAGAACGGAGCGGACGUGGACCAGGAGGGGGCGAACUCCAUGACGGCGCUGAUCGUAGCGGUGAAGGGCGGCUACACGGACGUGGUGAAGGAGCUGCUGAAGAGGAACCCCAACGUCAACAUGACCGACAAGGACGGGAACACGGCGCUGAUGAUCGCCGCCAAGGAGGGUUACACGGAGAUCGUCCAGGACCUGCUGGACGCCGGGACGUACGUCAACAUCCCAGACCGGGGCGGUGACACAGUGCUGAUCGGGGCGGUGAGGGGGGGUCAUGUGGAGAUCGUCAGAGCUCUGCUGCAUAAAUACGCCGACAUCGACAUCCGAGGACAGCAGGAGAGUAAGACGGCUCUGUACUGGGCUGUGGAGAAAGGAAACGCCUCCAUGGUGCGAGACAUCCUGCAGUGUAACCCUGACACCGAGACCUGCACCAAGGACGGAGAGACGCCGCUCAUCAAAGCCACGAAGAUGAGGAACAUCGACAUUGUGGAGCUGCUGCUCGACAAAGGAGCCAAAGUGUCGUCUGUGGACAAAAAAGGAGACACACCCCUUCACAUCGCCAUCCGCGGCCGCAGUCGCCGCCUCGCAGAGCUCCUCCUCCGAAACCCCAAAGAUGGCCGCCUGCUGUACCGACCCAACAAGGCCGGAGAGACGCCAUACAACAUCGACUGUAGCCACCAGAAGAGCAUCCUCACACAGAUCUUUGGAGCUCGUCACCUGUCCCCCACGGAGACCGACGGAGACAUGUUGGGUUAUGACCUUUACAGUUCUGCUCUCGCCGACAUCCUGAGUGAACCAACCAUGCAGCCUCCGAUCUGUGUGGGUCUCUACGCUCAGUGGGGCAGCGGCAAGUCGUUCCUGCUCAAGAAGCUGGAGGAUGAGAUGAAGACGUUUGCCGGGCAGCAGAUCGAGCCGUUGUUCCAGUUCUCCUGGCUCAUCGUCUUUCUGUCUCUGCUGAUCUGCGGCUCCGUCGCCGUCGUCCUCGGCUUCACCGUGGACGCCGGCCUGGCCCUGGCGGUUUCCCUCAGCCUGCUGGCGCUGCUCUACCUGUUCUUCGUGGUGGUGUACUUCGGCGGGCGGCGGGAGGGUGAGAGCUGGAACUGGGCGUGGCUGCUCAGCACGCAUCUGGCCCGUCACAUCGGGUAUCUGGAGCUGCUGCUCAGGCUGAUGUUCGUCAACCCGCCGGAGCUGCCGGAGCAGAGCACCAGAGCCCUGCCUGUCAGGUUCCUGUUCACAGAUUACAACCGCCUGUCGAGCGUCGGAGGAGAAACGUCGAUGGCCGAGAUGAUCGCGACUCUGUCCGACGCCUGCGAGAGAGAGUUCGGCUUCAUCGCUACACGACUGUUCAGAGUGUUCAAGACCGAGGAGACGCAAGGGAAGAGGAAGUGGAAGAAGACGUGCUGCGUACCGUCCUUCAUCAUCUUCGUCCUGGUACUGGCGUGUCUCCUGACGGGCCUGGCGCUGCUCGCCGUCUUCAAGGUGGACGGGCAGAACCAGACAGUGAACGCCGUGCUGAUCGCCAUCGGCAGCGUGGUGGGUCUGGCCCUGCUGCUGAACUGCAGGACAUGGUGGCAGGUAACCGACUCGCUGCUGAACUCGCAGAGGAAGCGGCUGCACGGUGCCGCCAACAGGAUGAACAAACUGAAGAGCGAGGGCUUCAUGAAGGUCCUGAAGAACGAGGUGGAGCUGAUGGCGAGGAUGGCGAAGACCAUCGACGGCUUCACGCAGCAUCAGACCCGACUGGCGGUCGUCAUCGACGGACUGGACUCGUGCGAACAGGACAAGGUUCUGCAGAUGCUCGACACGGUGCGGGUCUUGUUCUCUAAAGGUCCGUUCAUCUCCAUCUUCGCCAGCGACCCACACAUCAUCAUCAAAGCGAUCAACCAGAACCUGAACAGUGUCCUGCGAGACUCCAACAUCAACGGACACGACUACAUGAGGAACAUCGUGCACCUGCCCGUCUUCCUCAACAGCAGGGGGCUCUCCAGCGCCAGGAAGAUGUGCGCCGCCGCCGCCCCCGCCAACGGAGACGCCGCCGACGGUUGGCAUGAGGAGUUAGACAAGAAACUGUCUCAGCACAGUUUGGGAGAAUUGACCAAGUUUGGCAGCAAGACGACGCUCGCUCGCAGGGACACGUACCGGCGGCGGCAGGUCCAGCGCUCGGUGACUCGUCAGAUGUCGUUCGACCUGACGAAGCUGAUGGUGACGGAGGAUUGGUUCAGUGACAUCAGCCCACAGACAAUGAGGAGGUUGCUCAACAUCGUCUCCGUCACAGGUCGUCUGCUGCGAGCCAAUCAGAUCAGCUUCAACUGGGACCGCCUAGCGUCGUGGAUCAACCUGACGGAGCAGUGGCCCUACAGGACGUCCUGGCUCCUCCUGUACCUGGAGGAGACGGACGGCGUCCCCGACCAGGCCACGCUCAAGACCAUCUACGAGAGAGUGUCCAGGAACAUCCCGACCACGAAGGACGUGGAGCCGCUGCUGGAGAUCGACGGAGAUGUCCGAAGCUUCGAGGUCUUCCUGUCGUCACGGACGCCGGUUCUCACGGCCAGAGACGUCCGGACCUUCCUGCCCUGCACCGUCAACCUGGACCCCAAACUACGAGAGAUCAUAGCAGAUGUUCGUGCGGCCCGGGAGCAGAUGAAUAUGGGCGGGGUCACAUACCCGACCCUCCCUCUGCAGGAGGCUCAGCUCCGCCCCACCUCCAUGUACAGUCAGGUGUCGUGCUCCCCCUCCGCCUCCUUCAGCGGACCCUUCAACCAGCCACCAGGGGGCGUGGUCUCCCCACAGCCUCACAGCAGCUACUACAGCGGCAUGGCCGGACCGCAGCACCCCUUCUACAACAGGCCAUAUUUCCCCCACCACCUUUACCAGCUGCCACGCUCCCUGGUGGCAUCCUCCUACCCAUCACUCCUUCAUCCACGCCCACCACCUCAAACAUCCUGCAGGGGCACCGUACCUUAUAAAGUUUCAUCUUUGAAAAGGAAGCAGGGUUCUUCUGUUGUGUCCGGCACUCCGCCCGUCCUCCUCAGCUCCAUGGCGACGGAGGUGAUUUGCGAGCGCGUGCGUCAGAUCGAAGGCAUCGACCAGAGCAUGAUGGGACAGUACGGCGCCACCAUCAGGAAGGCGAACGUCAACGGUAGAGUUCUGUCUCAGUGUAACAUCGACGAGCUGAAGAAGGAGAUGAACAUGAACUUUGGAGACUGGCAGCUGUUCAGAGCCACGGUCCUUGACAUGCGUCACACUGAGAGCCAGGUGCUGCACGAGGAAGCAGCCAGCGAGCAAGGCAGCGUUGUGGGUGGUGGUCACAGCGAUGCGGGAAGGCGAGCCGUGGCUCCGCCCCUCGCCGGCGCCGGCAACACGGACGCUUCGCCAAUGUACAGCUUCAACCUGAGCUUCGAGGAGCUGAGCACAGUGGGACUGGACGAGCCCACGAGACACACGGCUCAUCGAACCGUCAGCAUGAGCAGCCUGAACUCCCAGGAGUCGUCCAACGACAUCGCCCGUCUGACGGACCGACAGCAGGACGAGUACCGCAGCGCCUACCAGGAGUACAUCGCCCAGAUGGCCCAGCUGGAGAUGGGUGGCGGAGGCGGGGAGAAGCCCGUCCAACCGCAGCCGGGACAGUUCAUGACAUCAUCGUCCGAGGACAAGAGCAAGGACGGCGCCGAGCAGGAUGGACGAAAACCCUUCGCCAAGAGGAGCGGCGGCAAGCCGGCGCCGGACAACACCGACUUCGCCACCAACGGCGACGGCCUGGACCCCAUCACGGAGGAGGACGAGAAGGGCGACCACGGAUCCUCCAAGUCCCUGUUGACCCGCAAAGCCUCGGCCGAGAGAGGCGGGUUGUUCCAGGGUGCCGCCGACCUGAAGCAGAAGGCCGGCGGUGGGCGUCGCUACCAGAAGCUGACCAGCGAUGACGAAGAGUCGGAGGAGUCGGACAACGCCCCCCUGCUGAAAGAUGGAAAGAAGGCGGGGGAACCCAAACCGCCCGGUGGCUCGCUGGCGCUUAAGGGCAAGGACUACCUGUCGGACGCCACGCUGGACAAGAAGGACUCGUCCGACUCAGGCGUACGCUCCAACGAGAGCUCGCCCAACCACUCGCUGCAGGACGAGGAGGCGGACCUAUCGCAGCUAGAGCGAGCCAACCUGAUCGAGCUGGACGAGGAGAGCGUGGCCAGGAAGCGUGGCCUUCCCAGCAGCCUCAGCGGCCUCCAGGACCCGGCGGUCGCCCGCAUGUCCAUCUGCUCCGAGGACCAGUGCAGCCUGCUGGCCAGCAGCCCUGAGGAGAGCUGGCCCUCGUCCAGGAGCUACAACCUGAACCGCACUCCGAGCAACGUAACGCUGAACAACAACACCAACGCCCAGCAGGGCGACCGCCCCCACCCGCCAGCAGAGGGCUCCACAUCCACCUCCUCCUCCAACCCCACCGACGUCCUCGUCUCCCCGAGCUCCGGACCCACCGGCACCGCUGCCACCAGGCCGGGGCCCAACAACGAGAACGUCCGCGUGGUUCACCUGAAGAGGGGCCUCAAGCCUGGAGACCCGCCGGAGAUCUGCGCCGUGUCCUCCGACACCGUGACCUUCGGCGAGGAGCGUGAGAGCAUCCUAUGACCUCGACCUGUGACCUCGUCCUGUGACCCCAGGGUCAAAGAUAAAGAGCCGCCCCCUCCGUCCUCUGAGCCAAUCAGAAGCCUCUGACUGGGUCAGAGGGGAGGAGUCAGUCUGUGUCGUGAUGCAUGUUGAUGUAGUGAAGCUGCAUGUUGUCAUAGUGACGUAAUUCACUUCCUGUUCGAGUCUGAAAACUACAAGAAACUAAACUGAACUACAAAAGGUUUUAAUCUAUAGAAUGCUUGAAUAAUAAUAAUAAUAAUAAUAACACGGUUUAUGUCUUUAACAUUGUUUAUUAUAAUAAAAAUACUAAACACACAACAGAUUAAUAAUCGGCUCUGAUGAUAAGAUGUCAGAAAUUAUUAUUAUUUAAUAUUAAGAUUUUUGUCAAUAUCAUAAUAUUGACAAUAAUAUUUAUAACAUCGCUGAUAAAAAUCUGAAGUUAAUCCACACACUAACACACACACGCACACAUACACACACUGAAUAUCGUGUGUGAUUCUGGUAAAUGUGAAAACUUUUUGUUUGUGUUUGAUAGAAACUUUAUCGUCAUUGAAACUGAUGUUUAACUGAUCAGACGAGUCAUUGAUCACUAAUCAAUACACAAGAUUCUGAUGAUGAAGCUUCAGAUUAAAUUCAUGUGAAAUGUUCAGAUUUGGCUCCAGAGGAAACAAACGUGAUGUCUGAUUCAGAUCUGACAAUGACGACGUGACUGAUCGAUAGUGAUCAGUAUCAGCAUGUUGAUGUUCAUGAGCUCGUCUCUGAUCAUGUGACAAAUAAACCCCAUGUUGAAUAUUGAA